GUAGCUGACCGGGCUGCAGUGGGUAACUUGAGGUGCGCACGUUCCGUUCGUGGAAUACUUUGGAUCAUUUAACUCGCGAGGAUUUUCUCAUUCUCGGUUUGGAACCAUGAAGUCUCCUAAAGUGAAGUCAGCUCGGAGAGCGGCUUUUAUUGAAGAUGACGAUUUGAAUGAGGUGCUUUGUGAAUUUGAUGCUGUGAUAGCAGAUUUCUCUUCUCCUUUCAACAAGAGACGCUUUCGAUAUGAUGAACAUCUCCAAACUAUGAAGAGAAGGAGCAGUGCUAGCAUCAGUGACAGUGGCAUCAGCGACUCAGAAAGUGCAGAUUCUCUUUGUAGAAACAGCUUAAGCUUCAGUGAUGAAAAACUGAACUCCCCAACACUCUCUUCACCAGUAUUGUCUUCUCCAAUGGAGAACCCCAGAAAAGCUAAAUUGGGAGACACAAAAGAGCUGGAAGAUUUCAUUGCUGACCUUGACAGAACCUUAGAAAGCAUGUGAAGAAUGACCCCUCCCCAGUGAUCUCCUGAUCCCUACAUCGACACAGACGGCUGUACAUCCUCAUGAAGAAUAUAGUAUUUCACAAGUGUGACUACCAAUGGAAUACUAUCCUAAUAACGUCCUAUUAGAUUUCCGAAUGUGCUCACUGCAUGAAUUAAGGAAAACUGAUAUUUUUAAUACUGGAGAUACAGUUGUGUUGUAUAUUUUUGUUUAAAUAUUGCUUAAUUUGUAAUUUAAAAUGCUUUUAUGGAGAUAAAUUGUAAUGUUAUAUAGUUCAGAAA